CAAAACAUGCUAUGUGGUGGAGAAAACUACUUAAAGAUUUGGGCUGUGAACAGGUUGGUGCAAUUGAGGUUUGGUGUGACAACAAAUCUGCAAUAGCAAUGACUAAGAACCCUGCAUUCCAUGCAAGAACAAAGCAUAUAGAAGUUCAGCAUCAUUACAUCAAACAGUUGGUAGUUGAAGAGAAAAUCAGUCUGAAAUUUUGUGGAACCAAUCUUCAAAUUGCAGACCUAUUUACUAAAGCUCUAAACCAAGCAAAACAUCAGUAUUUCAUGGAGAAGAUAGGUAUGAGCAAGCUUGGAUCAAGGGGAGGUGUUAAAUUUGAUCAAGCUUGAAGUUUCUUAUUUACAAAAGCAUGCCCAUGCACGUGGGAGUUUAGUUCCAGCUUUGAUAUUUGAAUAAGUCUAAAUUAGGUUCCUUAAUUUUAGGAAGUAGUGCAUGCAUAUCGUUAAGGUUGUUAUCUCAUUUACUAAGUCUUGCAUAUUCCUUUUGUUUAGGCACGUUUCCAGCCAUAUUGUUAGUGGAAAUCAUGGACAGUUUACUUCUUUGUAAAAGGCUAUUUAAAUGCCUUCGUAUACUUCAGUUUCAACAAGAAGAAAUCUUGGCAUUCAUUCCUUUCUUUCCUUAGUUAAAAUUAACAGGCUCUACUCCUUUGAGUUUUUGUAUCUUGUGAUUUCUGGCUUUGGGGAUUGGGGGUUUGAAGAGAUUAUGUGGAAUGUUCGUUGGAGAAGAUGACUGGUUCGUUUUCCGGCUACUGUUGAGCCGCCUUCUCAAGGUUUUCGUCGUUGCCGCAGGGGGUCGUCGCGCCCCGACAGGGGUGAAAGCUGUGAGGGGGAUGUACGGUUUGGCUUUUAUUCCAGCUGGUUUCAUUGGACUCCAUUCUCCGAUCACCGGAUUGCCUGGCCGUUGCUGGAGCUGGGUGGGGGGUCAGGGUGGGGGUCUGAGUUGACUGAUGGAUGGCCUUGAUUGGCCAGCCUGUCCGGUUGAUUCGACAGAUGGGUUGACUUUUUGGUUUCGCGGGCUUCCUAUGCGGCACUCGAGUGAAGAGAUGACGGACCCUAGGAAAAUGGGCUGAUCCGGGAACUGGACGCAAACCCUAGUGUGUUGAGGUGCGGAUGAAGGCAUGACAGGCUGGUCUGUAAUCUAUGGGCUUCUAUCUCUACACGCUGGUGGGAUGCUUGUUUACACACUAAGGCCCUGUUUGGUUGGAGGGUUUCGGAGGGGAGGGGAGGAAAGUGGAGGAUUUGUGUGUUUGGUUGAAGGAAAUAUGGGGGAAGGGGAGGAAAGUGGAGGGCUUUCAAAAUCCUCCACUUUCUCUCAUUCUAAACCCCCCAAAUCGGGGUAUUUCGGAGGAAACGUGUUGAUUAACACAAACUAUCCAUCUCCUACGUGAAUGAACAAGAUGUUAUAAUAUAAAAAGGUAAAAAACAAAAAGUUUUGAAAAAUUAUAAAAUUUAAAAAUUUAAAAAUUUAAUAUUUAAAAAAUUUAAAAUUUAUAAAUUAAAAAUUUUAAAAAUAAAAAUAUUUAAAAAAUAAAAAUUAAAAAUUAAAAAUUCCAAAUUGAAAAAUGAAAAAUUAUAAAAUUAAAAAAUUAAAAAAUCAAAUAAAAUCAAAUUAUGACUCACGACCAUAGGAGUAAUAUUCACAAUAGUUAGACAUAUAUCUAUUUUUUUAAGUAAGCUAUCAAAUUAAAGUAAAUUGCGAAAAUAUUUUCAUUAAACCUUUCCUCCUAUUUCCUUCAAUCAAACACAAAUUUUUAUCCAAAUCCUUCCUUUCCCUUCCCUUCCCUCCUUGACUCUCCCCUUCCCUCCCCUCCUUUGAACCAAACAAAGGUUAAAGGGAUACGCUGCAGUGCUGGGCCGCUGACUGCAUGCUUGGACUGCUGAAAAUUGUUGGUUACUUGGGUCAAGAGACGGAUCUUCACUGCUCCAAAACCUGGGCUCGCAUUUGAUGGACCUUCAGGUUCUUGGACUGGAUUUUGCGGUCUAAUGGGCCUUAAUUGGCUUGGCGGGCAGCACCUUACGAGAGGUUUUUGACUUGUUAAUGGACCAAUCCAUCUUGGUUACUUGAUGUUUUUGAUGGCGGGGUUGUCCCGUCUUUUGGACUUUUCCAUAAAAAGCCUCUCCC